AUGCUAGGUUGGGCCAAAGGAUUGUUCUCCUCACAGCCUGAAUCCAAAUAUUCACAAGAAGAUUCGAUAGAUUGCGAGACCGAUAAGAUAAUUCAAGAAACUGAAACAACAAGUUCUCUCUCAGGUAACAAUCUGGCCAUGGACACCACUCCUCGAGAACCUGCAAGCGACCAGCUUAGUGGUACAGAUCAAGAUAAUGGCACUAGUUCAAGGAAGUCCAAGAAGAGUAAGAAGAAGAACAAGAAGAUUGGCGGAUCGGCGAGUGUUCUACAGAGAGAAUAUCGGAUGGCGGGCAGCGAAGGAAGCCCAGAAAUCGGCGCGUCAGAACUAGACCCAUCUACUUCACCCACACCACCUUCGGCAGAGAGGAGUAGACCGAGUUUCAAUACUGGAGAAACAAGUGAAGAAUUACCUUCAGAUGCUGGUACCGCGAAAUCGAACACAAAAAAGGAAAGACGAAGACGGCAGGAGUCAAAUCACAAUACUCAUUCUGAAGAUCAAAGUGCAAAUGGACCAGUGGCAGGCUCAGAGAGCUAUCCUUCCGAGCAGAUUUAUGAGCCAGAAGAAACACUCGAGUCGGCCAACAUUAAGCUGCCAAAACCUAAGCAAAAGCGCAAGCAUCGAAAGUCUCAUCAGGAAGAAUUGCAGACCGGUGCCGAAGAUCACACCCCAAGCGAGUCAAUUGGCGCAGCACAGUUGGCAGAUGCAGAACAUCAAGAACUUGAACCCGAGACGCAUCAAGACUCUAUCGCCCAGGAAGACACCACUACCUUUUCGGGAUCGAACAAGAAGAGGAAAAGAAAGAAGUCAAUCCCUGUAGAUCAAUCUAUGACUGAUGUGGAAAUGGCAAACCCACAAGAAACCGCCAUUUCGACAAACUCAGUUACCAAAAAGAAAGAACGGCGCAAGAAACGCAGAUCCAAUAAAUCGCAUUCGGCAUCCCUCGGCGAGGGGGAAAUCCUACCACCAGAAGAACCUGAAGACCAAGCGAACUUGACUCAUGCAGAGGAAAAUAAAAAAAAGUCCAAGUCGGGUAAAGCAGUUGCACUAGGAACUGCUGAACCAAAAGAGCAGGCUCAAGAUCAAGUUGCACAGUCACCUGAGGAAACUACUGCAGUUGAAAUUUUGGAUAACCAUUCGGCAGAGCAAUUUCACCUUCCAAAGUCAAAUACUGGGAAGAGAAAGAAACUACAACAAUCCAUGGAGGAAACUGGCAUACAGGACCAGGACACCGAAACUCACGCUUUAGAUAAAACUACACUACCACAGCCAAGGGUCAAGAAAUAUAUCGCUAAACCAAAGACUUCUAAAGUCAACCGAACAGAAGCUGGUGAUGCAAACUCGGCUGCUCUCCUGAAUCAACUAAUUUCUGGUCGCAAGAAGUCUCAAUUAGAGUCAAACCCGGUUGUUCCAUCAGCAAAGGCUCUUGGUAAGAGACCUGCUCGCGAUGAGCCAGUUGAGCACCAGUCAAAGAAAAGAAAGCAGAUUGAUGCAGAUCCCAGAAAUGGUGAUAUACGGUCGAUGUUUUCGGAUGAUGCUCCUCAACAUGGAAGUUCAAGUGUAGCUGCAUCAAAAACUAAUCUAAAAGCAAAUCUGCCUGCUUUGAAUGUUGAGGUGGCUAUUUCAUCCCCUGCAGUAAAAACAAGUCGUUCUGCAAAUCAAGAAAUGGCAGGUUGGACAGCAUCCGAUAGAAGAUCCACAUCCGCCGAAAAUAACCAAGACUCCUCGGAUGAUGCAUCGGAAUUUGAGGAACAGUCAGGUGAAGCGUCAGUUACUCGUCGAAAGCGGUAUUUGCCUGUGGAUGAACCGACCCUUGUGGCAUUGGAGACACCUAAAUCAGGUAAAAACCCAAUGCAAAAAGCACCAAAGUCUGAAAAGACGUCCAGCAAAAAGCUUGGCAAGGCCAAAAAAGAUGCUUCAUCUAAGGCCAAGCCAAAACGUAGCAGAAGCCAAUCUGUGGUGAGGCCGAAGGACGGCAAUGGAAGAUUCGAUGAAGACGAGACAAAGAAAAUCGCAGACGCCGUGGAAUUGUAUCGCGCUGAUAACGACAUGGAACAGCAAGCUGUCAACAGCAUUAUUCAAGGAAAUGCUCUAACCGAUGGAAAGAAAUUCUGGGAUUUUAUGAAGGAAGAAGUACCUGAUGUUCCCAAACGAAACCUUCAAAGUUGGUGCAGGAGAAAUUUUCACAACUAUGCAGCCCGAGGUGUCUGGAGUACUGAACAAGAUGAAGAAUUGAUGGAAGUUUUCAAAAGAUUGCCCAAGAAAUGGUCUCUUAUCGGUGCGGAACUCAACCGUCUACCUGAUGAUUGUCGUGAUCGGUGGAGAAACUACUUGUCUGUUACAAAUCUGGAAUUAGGCCCUUGGAAACUUGAGGAAGAACAACAGCUGAAGGAUGCUGUGAAGAAAUGUAUCGAACUCAUUCGCGAGGAUAGACGUCGAGAGGGAUUACUCACGCCUGAAGAGGAAGAUGAUGAUACUUAUCACGAACAUGAUAUCAGCUGGAUGAAAGUUAGUGAGCUCAUGGAUCUUUCCAGGAGUCAUCUUCAGUGCUAUCGAAAGUGGAAAGCCAUUAAAGCUCGAGAGCACGCUACUACGGACGACCUUGUUGCAGAACGUAUCGUGAUUAGCAAUAGCUGGAAUCAUCUCAAAAGUUACCGGGAUGCAACCAAGACUCUAGCCGCCGAGAAACUACAGUUUCUCAAAGCGAUCCGCGAUAGUAAAGCAGGAGCAGAGAGCAAGAUUGACUGGAGAGCAAUUGAUAAAAAUCUCGAUCGGAACCACGAUGCAAUGGAAAUGAGAAUCUGUCUUCGUGGCUUGACGCAGAACAUUCCAGGCCAUACCAGCAAGCCUCUUCAAGAGAAUGUUAAGUUACUUAUCAAAGCUUUCGAGGACUCAGCACCUCAUGAACCUGAGGGUUAUGUUGACUUACCCUUUGAAUCGACUGGUCUCAAGAAGAGAACUAAGAGAUCGAAAACAAGCUCUCUCUUUGAGAACAAUCCUGAGCUCUAUGAUGUUGGCGGUAGCAAUUCCAAGCCCAAAAUGAGACAUCGCAUGCUUAAGCAAGAUGAAUCACAUGGAAGCAAUUCUGCUGCUAAUGCAGAGGAUGGUGAUACCGUUCAAGUGUUUGACUCUGCGAAGAAAGCCAGACGCUCAGUCCUCGCCAAGAAACCAAGGAGUGGAUUUGCAUUGAGUACUGAAAGAGUAAUGGAUAGCGACAGCGAUGAUCGAGCACCAACAAGCGCACAGAAACCUCAAUCCGAAGACGAAGAUGUUCGAAAACCAGGAUCCAAGACGAAGCAAACCCCAAGCAAGAGUAAGGGCCACCGUGCAGCCAGAACAGAGAUCCUUGAAGACGGCAGUGACGAUGAGCAAGAGCGCCGAUCCGAUUUUGAUUCCCACUUAGAUUCCGAAGAUGUGGAAAUGGCGGAUGCCCAGGAUGAUUCGAACGACGAAGAUUCCAAUAAUGAAACUUCUCAAUCCGUUCAAUUUAAUCUCGGAGGCGGUGGCUCGAAUGGUACUAAGGGAACUGAUCAUUCUCUUGACGGACAAUUGUCUGAUGGAGAUGCGGAAGAAAUGGCCCUCGAUAAUUCGGCAUUCAAUCACCCUCCCGUUGACUCUGACGAUGAUUCCGAGAUGCAAGAUCCAGAUGAGCUACAAGUUCCUGCCACACCAGAGUAUGAAUUGAGAGAGGGGCAUAGCGAGAUGAGAGAACAGGUUGCAGAUCUUGAUGAGUCUGGUCAAGUUUAUGAAAUGAGUGAAAGUGAACACGAGGAAGCGGAGUUGCAGGUGGAAGAUGACGAUGAUGAAGAGAGCGUCAUGGACGACAUGUCAGAUAUUCCAGCCAAAGUUAUCAACAAGAAGAAGCCUGGCGUUAACGGUGAGGGAGAUGUAUAUUUCGGCAGAGAAGCGAGCGUGGAUCUAGAUCAAUGA